UUAUAUAGAAAAGAAAAAAAACAUAACCAACCAAUUACAUACAUUCCAUUCCUUUCUAAAACAUGGGAAGUGUGGCAGUAGACUCACCGCCGGCUGCGUUCGAAAAACCUUACAAAACAGAAAAUGAAGAUGAAGAAUCUCCAAUAGAAGAAGUCCGGUUAACCGUCCCAACGACAGACGACCCGACCCAAUCCGUAUGGACCUUUAGAAUGUGGGUAUUGGGUCUACUUUCAUGUAUCCUGUUAUCAUUUUUAAACCAAUUUUUUUCGUACCGAAAAUCACCAUUGAUCAUAACUCAAAUUACGGUCCAAGUGGCAACACUGCCGCUAGGCCGAAUAAUGGCCGCGGUAUUGCCUACUACUAAGUUUGGGCUAAAACUUCCGGGAUGUACGUCCCGGAAGUUUUCAUUAAACCCGGGCCCAUUUAAUAUGAAAGAACAUGUGUUGAUAACUAUUUUUGCGAAUGCUGGCGCGGCUUUUGGUAACGGCUCGGCUUAUGCUGUUGGAAUUGUGAAUAUUAUCAAGGCGUUUUAUGGUCGGAAUAUUUCUUUUGUUGCGGCUUGGUUACUCAUUAUCACUACCCAGGUUUUGGGCUACGGAUGGGCCGGGCUUUUAAGGAAAUACGUAGUGGAACCGUCACACAUGUGGUGGCCCAACACCCUUGUUCAGAUCUCUCUAUUCCGGGCGCUCCAUGCUAAAGAUGAUGACGAUCAAGACCCAAACAGUGACAGCAAAAAACGCAUGUCACGAUCAAAGUUCUUUGUCAUUGUUCUUGCUUGUAGUUUUGGAUAUUACUUGCUACCUGGAUACUUCUUUCAAACCUUACAAAGCAUUUCAUGGGUAUGUUGGGCAUUUCCUAAAUCUGUCACGGCCCAUCAGUUAGGGUCGGGUUUCACUGGGAUGGGCCUUGGAGCCUUCUCACUCGAUUGGGCCACAACGGCCUCUUUCUUGUUCAGCCCUCUCAUUUCCCCUUUCUUUGCCAUUGUCAAUGUUUUCUUGGGCUAUAUGUUAAUUAUGUACUUAAUCAUUCCAAUUUCAUACUGGGGACUAAAUGUCUACAAUGCCAAGAACUUCCCUAUAUACUCAUCUGACUUGUUUACUGGGGACGGUCAGUUGUAUAAUAUCACAAAAAUUGUGAAUACAAAGUUUGAGAUAGAUUAUGGCGAGUAUGCAAAGCAAGGAAAAGUUAAUCUGAGCACGUUUUUUGCUCUGACUUAUGGUUUUGGAUUCGCGACAAUAGCAUCUACACUCACUCAUGUUGGCCUUUUCUACGGAAAGGAGAUAUAUCAUCGGUACAAAGCAUCAGCUAAGGGUAAGGUUGAUGUGCAUACAAGACUAAUGAGGAACUACAAAGACAUACCAUCAUGGUGGUUUUAUGUGCUUCUUACUGUGACACUUUUGAUUAGCCUUGCACUCACUAUCUUCAUGAAAGAUGAUAUACAAAUGCCAUUUUGGGGAUUAAUAUUUGCAGCUGCCGUCGCUUUCUUUUUCACCCUCCCAAUCAGCAUUAUCACUGCAACAACAAAUCAGACACCAGGUUUAAAUAUCAUAACGGAGUAUGCCAUGGGGUUAAUCUACCCUGGAAAACCAAUAGCCAAUGUGUGCUUCAAGACAUAUGGUUACAUGAGCAUGACACAAGCCAUCUCAUUCUUAAGUGAUUUCAAGCUCGGUCAUUACAUGAAGAUUCCACCAAGGUCAAUGUUCUUGGUCCAGUUUCUCGGAACAAUAAUUGCUGGAACUGUAAAUUUAAGCGUUGCUUGGUACCUUUUAAGCAAUAUUGACCAAAUAUGCCACCCUGACCCUAAAUCCAAUAGCCCAUGGACGUGCCCAAAUGACCGUGUAUUCUUUGAUGCAUCUGUUAUCUGGGGAUUGGUCGGGCCAAAGAGGAUAUUUGGUUCUCUAGGAAACUAUGGAGCUCUGAAUUGGUUCUUUCUAGGGGGGCUCAUGGGUCCAGUUGCCGUAUGGCUAUGUCACAAGGCUUUCCCAAAUGUAUCGUGGAUCCCUCUCAUUAAUCUCCCAGUGCUUCUUGGUGCUACCGCUUAUAUGCCACCUGCAGCCGCCGUGAAUUACAACUCAUGGAUAUUAGUUGGCACGAUUUUCAACUUUUUCGUGUUUAGGUAUAGGAAAAUGUGGUGGAAGAGGUACAAUUAUAUCCUCUCGGCUGCACUUGAUGCAGGGGUUGCAUUCAUGGCUGUUUUGUUGUAUUUUUCAACGGGGCUAGAAGAUAUUAACGUACAUUGGUGGGGCACUGAUAACCCACAACAUUGUGAUCUUGCAGAAUGUCCAACGGCAAAAGGUAUACAGAUUGAAGGUUGUCCAGUAUUCUGAUUACUUUUCCUUGUAUCAUUGUUCACAGUGAAGAAAAACCAAGACAAGUGUUUUUUAAGUGAUCAAAAAAGAAUACUACUCCAUUUGUGUUACAUAUUUAUGUGAAGUACAAUGCAGUGGAAAACUAAAUUUAUUACUUUACAUUCGGUAAGAAUUUCACGAAACAACUGUUUGAUGCUGUUGAACAGUGAAAGCUCAAAGGAGGCAGACUCGGAAAACUUUAAAACGUUUGUAAAAACAUCUAAGUUAAAAGUAGUGUAUGUUAUUUAUAAAAGAGAUGAUACAUUGGGUUA